AUGCUAGUGGUUGGUGGACGUGACAGUGCGUCGACUCGCUACAACGACCUGUGGAGCUAUGAUCCUCAGUCGGACUCUUGGUCUCAGCUGGACAAUGGCUCUGUUUUUUUCUGCACGCUUGAGGUUGAGAGCAGCUUGGGAUGCAACAAACAACAUGCUGUACAUCCGCCAGUGAUUUGUGGAGGUCUUCAGGAGAAGCCUCUGGAGACCGUUCCAUUGGGCCAAAUUGUAGCCGGCGCGUGCGGCGCCCGGACCUGGUCUUGGAUUGGGAUCUGCGUCUGGGAAACCCAGAAGAGCGGGGAAAGACUGGAGCUGGGUGCAGGGGAAGAGAGGUUGGGAUGGCACUCGUCCCAGCAGUAUCGUUGGGCAGAGAUUAACUCAAUGACUUGCUGUGCCUUGAGGGUGGAUGCCUUGCGGUAUGGGACCUCAGAUUCCUGGCGAGUCCAUUUUCCGGUGCCAACAGAACUUGGGGAGAGCAGCUGGGAGAAUGGCCUGAGACAAGUCUUCGGCUGGUAUGGCGACAUCGUGUCCUUAGAACAUAUCGAUGAAGGCUCGGGUGGUUCCGCGAUGAUCACCUACAACAGCAAGGAGGCCGCACAGGAAGCCGCGGAGAUGGUCCACUUGGCCUCGAUCCGAGGGAAGACCUGCAGAUGUCUGCUGUGGAGCCAAGUGGAGGCUAUUUGGAAGACGAUGGACACGGGGCAUCGUUUGCAGCUAGAGGGCUUGGACUUGAAGAUCAGCUCCCAGAGCUUGCAGGACAUGUUUUCCCUCUUCGGGCCGGUCCUCGACUGCAAAGUGCAGAUGGACGAAGACGAGCGUUCCCGUGGAUAUGGCUUCGUGCACUUUGCUGAGAAGGAGCAUGCGUUGAAAGCCACCGAGUUGCUCAAUGGCAUGCAGAUCGGCAAGAGCAAUAUUCAGGUUCGACCUUCGCGGCCCCAAGACCUCGAGGCCUUCACCGGAUGUCUCUACUCUUUGGCCACGACGGUGAGUGCCGUGUGCCCACCGCCUACCGAGUGGAUGCCCAUGGCGCAUGAAGGCUAUGGCGGCCACGAUGGCUAUGGCGGCCAUGAGGGCCUGGGUGGAGGUUGGGAAGAGGACUAUGGCAACCACCAUUGGGAGCCUAGACAUUAG